CUUCUGGUCUGUCGCCAACCGCCAUUACAGUAACUAUGAAGCUUUUAGUGAUUGUUUUCGCUCUUAUUGCGGUGUGCAAUAGCGCACCAUUCGACUCGAUCCCAGGGGACAACAGUCACUAUGUAGAGGGUGUCAGUCGGUACGUCUGGAUACCAGAUGGAGAGGGCGUACCCCACCUAGUAGAUCUACACGAGCCUGUCGAUCAAGAUGUCCUUAAUGGAAGAAAUGGCGCAAACAAUCAGUACUGGCUGUUCACAAGGCGUAAUCCCAACAAUCACCAAAUUCUUGUUAAUGGCAAUGCUAACUCAGUCAGUAACUCCAACUAUGAUCGCAACCGUCCUCUAAAGGUCAUCGUCCACGGCUGGAACAGCAACGGCAAUUCCAACAUUAACCCUAUCAUUACCUCAGCUUUCUUAGCUGUUCAAGAUUGCAACGUUAUUGUUGUGGACUGGCGUGAUCUAGCAAACAGGAACUACCUUACUGCUACAAACGGCGUACCCGGCGUUGGACAGUUCCUUGGCAACUUUUUGGUUUGGCUGAUAAACACUGCUGGCGGUAACUGGAACAAUGUUCACUUAGUCGGCUUCAGUUUGGGGGCUCACGUCGUAGGAAACGCUGGGCGCACCGCCGGAGGCAGGCCCAGACGUGUUACAGGUCUCGAUCCAGCUGGUCCCAACUGGGGCGGUAACUCAAAUGCCUUGAACCGCAACGCUGGUGGCUACGUUGAAUGCAUUCACACUGAUGGUGGACUCUUGGGCAUCUUCGAUCCAAUCGGUGACACAGACUUCUAUCCCAACGGAGGUCGAAAUGCACAACCAGGAUGCUGGAUCAGCACUUGCUCCCACAGCCGUGCAUACGAUCUCUUCGCGUCUACAGUACGAACAAAUCACUUGGUUGGAAGGCGAUGCAACAAUUUAAAUGAGGCUAGAAAUGUGCAAUGUGCUGGUGCCACUCUUAACAUGGGCAAUGGAGUUAUAAGUAAAUCUGGAUCUGGUCUUUACGGUCUGCGAACUGGUGACAGAUGGCCGUACUAAAACUGAAGACAUUGGCUUGACAAUAAAUUAUAUUGCAUAAAA